AUCAAGUCCCCAGAUUUUACGCGUUCAUACUUGUUCUACGAAGUACCGAAGUCCUAUAACACAAAAUGCUACCUUGGUACCUGGAAAGUACACAGGUACUGAGAUAAUGCAAGAAUCGAUAUACGAUAACCCCCUUCAGCCAACAUUUUGAGCAGGAUACGCUCACUUGUCUAGGGACACCACCUCAAAAUCUCUGCAGGAUGCCAUACACGUAUAGUCCCCUUGGGGGUAGACUUGCGUUACGGUUGUCAUCAGGGCUUCUUAUAGAAGCAAGCCGUAGCAAUCAUGUUGAAAGAGAGUCCGUUUGAGUGCCAUCUUCUGUUUCUCACUUUGUAUGAGUACCCAGGUAGAAAAUUGUCGAAAAUUCAAUAUGUUUUCUUUGCCAAUUCUUCUCUAUUGUGGUGGCGGUAUCCUAACGGGCAUCAUUGCGCACCUCGCUCUGUUCAUCCACGGAGAAUGGCAUAUUCGAGCUCCUGAGCUCUUAAUUUUUCAUACCCUCCUCUUUACAUCUGCUUUGGCAGGGAAGACCCUGGGUAGCUCAACGGAAUAUCGCUUGCUCUUGGAGGGUCUUCUAUAUGCGUUCUCCUGCUAUGUUUCUGCUCUCCUGGUUAGUAUCGUGGUGUACCGCCUCUGGUUUCAUAGGCUUACCAGGGAUGGCUUCCCCGGGCCUUGGUACUUGCGCUUGUCUAAGCUGUGUCAUGUCUGGGAAGUGAGAACCUCUAGGAACUACCUACUCCUAGAAGGUCUUCGCCAGAAAUACGGUGAUUUUGUGAGGACAGGCCCGGCCGAAAUCACCGUCUUCCAUCCUGAAGUUUUCUCGGCAGUCGAUGGUCCAAGAUCACAGUGCGUUAAGUCGGAGUGGUAUGAUCUCCUUUACCCUUUUCGCGCACUUGUGUCUUCGAGGGACAAAUCAAUACAUGCAAGCCGGCGCCGUGAAUGGGUUCGCGGAUUUACAACAAAAGCCCUUGUCCAACAUGAGGAGAAGAUCCUCAAACAUAUCGAUAAACUAGACCAGUGUCUUGAGAAAGAUGCUCUGUCCCGCAAACAAUCGGAAAUGAGGGAUCUCUGCUUCUGGUUUGGCUUUGAUGCUAUGGGCAACUUCAUCUUUAGCAAGUCCUUCGACAUGUUGUCUGAUCGGAAAUGGCAUUCCAUUGUGACCCGUCUUCAAAAUGCCCUCUCUCUUUUAGGCCCUCUAACCCCAGCGCCUUGGCUUGUUCAGCUCGGCUUACGACUUAGUCCCAAGGUCUGGGUUAUCCGAGAUUGGCAUGACACGGUAGCAUGGGGUAAAGGGCAAAUGCGGACGAGAAUGGAACAAGUCAAUGAAAAACAAAUCGAUCUCACCCAUUACCUAAUGGAGCAGGGAGGUACUAUGGGUUAUGAAGAAAAGCUGUAUUGGGUACAUGGUGAUAGCCUACUCGCUGUAGUAGCAGGAAGCGAACCAACGGCAUACGUGCUUCUCGCAAUCCUCUGUGAGUUGGCAAAACAUCCUCAUCACACGGAGAAGAUUUACGAAGAGCUACGAGAAAUUGAUGUCAACGACCUUAAAGUACUUGAAUUCGAAGUUCUUACCGGCGCGGGUGAAUAUUUAAAAGCGACACCGACUGAGAAUCAGGAUCUAUAUUGGGCACUUUCGGGAGGAGGAGGUGGAACGUAUGGGCUUGUGCAUUCAAUGACCGUGAAGGCAUAUGCGGAUGUAAAAACCUCUGCUGCAAAUCUCACCUUUUCGAGUCAAGGAGUAUCGUCCGAGGCGUUCAAUUCCGUCAUACAAACUUUUCUAACCACUCUCCCCAAUAUCACAGAUUCAGGGGUUGUAUGUAUCUGGCUGCUAACAAAUACGUCGUUCACAUUGUCGCCAGCAUCGGCUCCUAACCUGACCGCUCAACAGUUGGAGUCUCUCCUACAGCCAACGCUGGACAGUCUUUCUAAGAACGGCAUCCCGUACAAUUACUCCGCCCAGGAUUUUCCUAGUUACCUUGAUAGCUACAACCUAGCACACCCUAAGUACAAUAUUACCGAAGCCAAUAUCGGCGGCCGAUUCAUACCACGCUCGCUCGUGUCAUCAAAUGAUUCGACUCGUCGCUUGAUGGAUGCUAUGAACUUCAUAAUCGAGAACGGCGGUGAGGUCUCAGGGGUAGCAGUCAAUGUAACCCAACUACCAGACGUUCCGAACUCCGUAAAUCCAGCAUGGCGGACCGCACUCUUCAGCGCUGUCAUAGCCAUACCUUACGGCCUUUAUGACAUGCAGGUCAACAUUGUUAGUCAGGGGAAGAUCACCAACAUGUUCGUUCCGAAGCUUGCGGAGCUAACGCCGAGUGGAGCUGCAUACCUAAAUGAAGCUGACCCCGGUCAGCCUGACUUCCAGGAGAUUUUUUACGGGGCCAACUACGAUAAACUGCUUAGUAUUAAGCAGAAAUAUGACCCGAACGAGAUAUUUUACGGUCUAAAAGCUGUAGGGAGCGAAGCUUGGCAGAUCCAAGCUGACGGUCGUUUGUGUCGAGUGGGUUGA